UCUCCAUUUUGUCAUCACUAAUGUGACGUCGUGUCACAAAAAAACGACUAACAACGUGACGUCAUCAAUCCAAAUCAGCUGUUGAUCUCGGUCGAUGUCAGCUCACGAAGGGCCGCCUUGACGUUGUGCGUAUUAUUUCUCAAGAUCGGACAGAAAAUACUGAAAAGCAGAACGUAGGGCGGAAUUGACGACAAAUCGGCCGGCCGAUUCAGUGCGCAGCUUUGUACGUCUCUGUCUGGAAAGUUGUUAUGAAACCAAAAUGAAGUGAAAGGUGCUCAAAUUUGGAGUCUUAGGGCAACGACGACGAGGACGACGACGUUAUCGCGAAGGCUUCAUAUUAAGAGAGGAAAAUGGGACAGACUCUUAGCGAGCCGGUAACGAAGAAAAAAUCGACCUGCUGUCGGGACAACAACUAUCGAGUGGGUAGCUCCUGCAUGCAGGGAUGGCGUAUUAAAAUGGAAGAUUCUCACGUGCACAUACUCUCCUUACCCAGUGAUCCAGACACUGCUUUCUUCGCUGUUUAUGAUGGACAUGGAGGUGCAGCCAUGGCGCAGCAUGCUGGAAAACAUCUCCAUGAAUAUAUAACCAAAAGGAGUGAGUAUCAAGCGGGUGACAUCGUCGAAGGCAUACAGCAGGGCUUUCUGGAGCUGGACAAGGCGAUGCAGAAUAAUGCCGCGCUCAGGGACGAACACGCGGGGACCACCGUCAUAGCGCUUCUGAUCAAAGACAACAUUUUGUAUAGCGCUAAUGCAGGCGACAGCAGAGCAGUAGCGUGCGUCAACGGCGAGACAGUGCCGCUCAGUCGCGAUCACAAGCCCACGUUGAAGGACGAGCGUAAGCGAAUCGAGGCAGCGGGUGGUUUCGUCGAGUAUAAAAGGGUGAACGGCAAUCUGGCGCUGUCCCGUGCGCUCGGCGAUUUCAUAUUUAAGCGAAACGACCGCAAGCCACCGCAAGAACAAAUUGUGACCGCCUUUCCCGAAGUGCAACAGUUUCCCGUCAACGAGGACUGGGAGUUCGUUAUACUGGCAUGCGACGGCAUCUGGGAUGUAAUGACCAGCGGAGAGGUCGUGGAGUUCGUGAGGACGCGUCUAGCUCAGACGAAACUCGGCGAUGGAGAGUCACAUCAGAACGUCACGAUACAUCCCGAGGAGAUCUGCGAGGAGUUGCUGAACUGUUGCCUGGCGCCCGACGCUCUCAUGGGCACCGGCUGCGACAACAUGACAGUGAUACUCGUGUGCUUUCUCCAUGGCAAGCCGUGUUCGCAGUUGAUCUUGCGUUGCCAAAAACCACCACCGAGUAUAGAUUCAUAACUGCUUUAGAUUUUAAAGAUAUUUUAAUCGUUUAUUAUGUAAAUUACUGCAAGUAUUUUACUUUCGUCUCGGUGUACCUUUCGACUUUUUAUAUAGAUAUUUGUUACGUAAUGUAUUGCACAAUACAUCGGCUCUGUUACAAAGAUGACCAGAGAUAUAUUUAUAAAAUACAUCGUAUUUAUAUUUUCACUCUA